AAUGCCUUCAAUUUCUAGAAAAAGUAGUAAAAAUUGAAGUUUGUUCUUUAAAAUGAAGCUCAAAAGAUUCCUGCUUAGAUACUAUCCUCCUGGUAAUAAUGAAACGUUCGGCUGUUUCUUAAUUAUAAUUAAAUUAAAUUUAUCUUUAAAAAAUUAUUGUUUUACUUUUUUGUAAAAUGAAUCUUCCGAAGCAAAGUUGAAAGUGAAAGAGUCAAAUUUAAAUUAAAAAGAAGACAAAAUGACAAAAUUGUCACUGGCAUUAUUUAUAAUUUUUUAGCUUUUAAGACUAAUGAAGUCACUGCCUCAAAAUAUAUCUAAAGUAAAAGACUCUAAUCACUCUAGACAUAGUAAUUAUUUGAGUCACACUUAUUAUAGUUUAAUAUUUAGUUGAGAAGAAUGAUCUUUAUUAUAAGAAUUAAGUAAGAUCAGAUCGCAAAAUGCAGCUGCCUUAUUGCCUAGUAAAUUUUGUAGAAGCUUUACAGACUUAACUAGAAAUUAAUUUGCAUUUCCUAUGGUUAUUAUAUAAUAGUCUUUAAAAAAAAUUAAAUUUUUAUUGAGCACUAUUUUUAUGUAAAUGGCUGUUCUUUGUUUCCUAAACACGAAGGGAAUUUUCAAUGUAGCAAGUGUAAAUUUAUGAUUGUAUCAUUUAGAAUUGUCAUUGACUCUCCUCACAUUAGCUUUAAUCUGCAUGUAGUUUGUUAUAAAAAGAUCACCUUAAGAGUUCUCUAUACUUUUCAAUAGCAAAUGAAUUAUUAUUUUUUUUUUUAAAGUUUACAAAAUAGAGACUCGACAGAGCAUCAUGUAUCCUUAAAAUAUUUUUGGAUUCACAGGCCUCCAUAAGUACACAUUUAUGACAUCCCUUUAUUUAUCUUGGUUUUUAAGGCUUUUAACAGUAAAAUUAACCAUAUCCAAAAAUCUUUUGACCUUGGGCAGACUAGGCAUUGUUUCCCAAUGCACCACAAUGUAAUGUGAACAAAGAAUGUUAAACUUUACCUGUGUCUUUUCUGUCUGUUUCAUGAAAAUUAUCAUUUGUAGCCAUAUUUAUCCAACUUGCCAAUCAAAGUUAUCUCAUUGAGUAUUAGCCUUUAUGUUAUACUUACUUUUUAAUAUGCAAAGGGCAAAAGGGGCUGUUAUGUCACAUUAUUCUUGACUUACAUUUGAUUAGAUUGUUUUUCAUGAGGCCUUGGCCCAUUGUAUCUCAAAUUUAUAAUUAGCUUUUUUCUUUCUCAACUAGGUAUAAUUCUUGAGUAUGAACAAGGAGGUGUAAUAAAGACAAAGUCCAUAGAUCUGCUGGAUUUGUCUCCAAAGUAAAUUUCACCAUUUAUUACAAAGCACCUUUAUAUUGUAAUUUUUAAUUUUUUACUUAUGUUACCAUUAUUUCCAUUUAUGAUAGUUUAAACUAGUGAGGUGUGUAAUCAAAGUACUAUGUUUUUUAAAAGAAAAUCAAUAUUUCUUAGCGCUUUAGUUCUGCUGGUAGUUGAGCAAAAUCAUUGAAACUGAGCGUUGACUCCAAGUUCAACCACCCUCCACAACCUCAUUUGAAAUCAGUACUGAGUCAGUAUUUCUUUUUACCCCUAAGUAUUUAACAGUGCUCCUGAUAAAAUUUUAAUAAUUUCAGCACAAAUAUUGAUCAAGUGGUAGAAGAAAUAGCACAGAAGGAGCCUCUGAUUACAUCAACAAAAGCAGAGCAAGUCAAAAAGCUUGUAGCUCGUAUCCUUUUUGCAUUGAAAAGGUACAUCCCAAAUGUGAAGUGCUUCUAUACCAGUAAUAUAAUAGUAAUAUUGUUAUUUGAUUGAUAAGUUAACCAAACAAGCCAGAUAUAUAAUAAAAGGGUUAUUAAUAUGUGACUAGAUCAAGAGUCAUAAAAUGAGUAUAAACUGCCGUAUUUAUUUGUUCUAAAGCCGACUUUAUAAUAAAAUAUUUCAGGGGUAUAAGAAGGAUUUCAACAAUAAUUUUUAUGGCAUGCGUCACAACAUAACAUAAAAACAAAAAUAUCAGUAGUAAAUGGUGACACUGUUGUGAAAUGACUCACAUUACUCAGUAUAGGUGGAAAACUCUCGUAUGAAUUAGCUACAACAGGAUCUCAAUCUGUUAGCUGAGUGGGAGAUGAGCUGGGACAUGGAAUUUCACCCUGCCAAGUGCCAGACACUAUCAGUCUUUAGAAGUUGUACUCCUCUACACGACCAAUACGAACUGCAAGGCCAUAUACUUGAGAAGUUUCCUCUGUAAAGUACCUGGGUGUUACCAUUCAAAGAGAGGUCUGCUGGGAUGAGCAUAUUAACAAUGUAUGUAACCAAGCAAACAAGACCCUGGGAUUCUUAAGGUGUAAUCUAAAGAUUCGCAACUCCUGUGUGAAAGAAAGAGCAUAUAAGGCCUUUGUCCGUCCGGUUUUAGAUUAUGCAUCUUCAGUUUGGGACCCAUUUACCCAGAAGAGCAAUGACAGGUUGGAGGCGGUCCAGCGACGGGCAGUACGCUUUGUCUUGAACCGCUACAGGAAUACCGCUAGUUUUGGCAGCAUUCUGGAAACACUAGGCUUGUUACCAUUGGAGGAACGACGACAAUCCAGGCUCUCCAUGAUGUACAAAGUAAAUAAUGGGCUGGUCCACUGUUCCAGUAUUAAACAGAAACUCGUCCCUCUCCCCUAUAGAUAGACAGCGAUGAGGCCACGACAGGCAAUUCCGGCUCAUACCAGCAAGAAGCCAGUAUAGGAACUGCUCAUUCCCAAGACAAUCAGGGACUGGAACAAGCUUUCAAAAGGAUUAGUUGAGGCACAUUUGCAUCUAUAGCCUCAAGCCUUCCAACCUCCAGUACAUGAUUCCCUCACAAAGUAGCACUUGCAAUCAGUGAAAUAUCCUCAUCAACACCAGGCACAGAAACAUUGCAAAUCCCUCUAUAUGCAUAGGAGCCAAAAUGAUCAGUAAAUUGAUCGUAGGCCCUUAAUAUAUAGAAGAAGAAUUAUGACCUUCCUGUGUCUAAGGGUCUUGUGUGUGGAUUCAAAUCAACCAGAAAGGAACAUAUUUUAAUGCAUAUACACUUCAUGUGGUUUACUGAUUAUUGACAUAAAGAACUGUUCAACAGUAAACAAAUAUUUAAUUUCUUAGUCAAGAGAAAAUGACAUGAUAGAUCUUACUUAAAUUUUGCAUGCAACACUAGCUGACUAGCACAGUUGUUCAACUUGAAUAUGUUGUAAAACUUAACAGUACAUAGGACUGCAGGAAAAAAUUGGACAAAAAGAAGAUCAUCAGUUCUACUUGUUCAAGGUAAGUAUUAAAGAAGAAAAUUAUUUACAGUUUUUGAGAGAGAGAAUACAUUGGAUUACAAUAAUAAGAUGAUGGGGCUUAAAUGGAAAUCAUCAAUUACUCAUUUGGUGGUUUAAAUGGAAAUCAUCAAUUACUCAUUUGGUGGCUUACAUGCACUUCAAAGAUGUUAUAUUUUCUCUUAAAAAAUGUGUACAAAAUUGGAGGGCUAAUUGUUUAAAACUUUAUUUAAAUUUUUAAAAUCCUAUUAUGACACACCAAAUCCCACAAAAAUGGCAUUGUUAAUAAUGUGUGGUUAUAUUUAAAAUGUGUUUUAUCUGUUUGAUAUAAAAUUAUUAUACAAUCCUUCCAGGUCCUCAGGGCUCACAUACUACCAUUAACGAAUGUUGCCUUUAAUAAAUCAGGAUCGAGGUAAGAAUUUUCUUGUUAAAAUUAAUUAUAGGAAUGUUUAUAUUAAGUUUUUUGAACAGAUGGAAACUCUACUGUUAACUAAUUUCCCUCUGAAAAAAAAUCUCAACAGUCCACUGCAAAAUGUUUUUUAAAAUUGCAAUAUUUUGUAAAAAAAAAAUAUCAAUAAAUUAUUUUUUUUAAUUCUAGGAAACAAAUAUAAUUUUAAUAUUUAAAGUAGUGCUGGUUAUCUAUCUGUCUUUUGUCUUACUAACUCUUAAAGCCUCAAAUCAGACACACGUAAAUCAUAUUUUUUUUAGGACUCUUCUUCAUAAUGCAUAAAUCAGAGGAAUGCAGAGUUUUGGAAUCAGGCUUUGAGAUUUAUUGACCGAGUCAGAAUGUUAAAAAAUAUUUCUACUUUAAAAAAUUGUUUUUGUAACACGAAUUCCCCCCUCAUUUUUCAUUGAUGUAAAAAGAUGCCCAGCAACUGCAAGAGUUUAUGGAGCCAGAGUUGGAAUAAACACUCAAAUGAAAAGUCUUUAUCUUUCUAAAAUGGUUUCUUUGUUGCAGCUUUAUCACUGGCAGCUAUGACAGAACAUGUAAAGUUUGGGACACUAGUUCAGGAGAAGAGAUACACACACUGGAUGGCCAUAGGAAUGUGGUCUAUGCCAUCUCAUUCAACAAUCCUUACGGGUUAGUACAUGAGAUAGGGAUGUGUUCAGUAACAUUUUAUACAAAAUACUCAUGGGACUAGCAUACAUGCCAACCUGUGGGAUCAAAAACUGUACAAGAUGUAAAAAAAAAACAACAACUGUACAAUAGUAUGAAAAACUGUACAGAAAGAAAUGAGAGGUGAAAAGAAGUAUAAUUGAUGCAUUUUUCCAUUAAAUUGUCAAUGUUUUGUUUGCUUGCAAACUUAGCCUUCUUGAUAAUUUCUCAAUAAAUUUGAAAACCCAAACAACAAGUGCAAUGUUUAACCUUUCAGUGUAAACUAGAUGUGAUUGCAAUGAAAUUAGCAAAUAAGAUAUCUGCCCCUGUAACUUUAUCAGAUAGAUUAUACACAUGAUGGGGCCGAGAAAAAGAAGGAUUUAAUAGGGGUUGAAUCUCGCUUCAUUUGCCUCAAAGUUUCAUUUCUGCAAUUAUUUUUUAAAAUGUACUUCAAUUUCAUAACAGCCUGAAGCAAGCACUUUUUUUGGUGCAAUAUGCUUGCAAUGAGCCUAUUGAAGAAGCAUCAAUAAUUCCAGGAUAUUAUCGGUCAGCCACUCAUUUAGCUUACAAAGCCCCCCCCCCCCCCCCCCCCCCCCCCUCCCUCCCUUUUCACUCUUUUUUUUUAAAAAAAAAAACUUUCUUGUAUAAAAAAAAAAUUAGUUCGCAUUAGAAGUUUCCAGCUGGAGUAAAAUAGUAAAUAAACAAAGAAAACAAUAUACAAUUCUUACUGAUGUAAGCCUUAACUGAAAUAUAGGCCUAAUUAUACAACAAAGAAAAUCACAGCCGUUUUGGUUUUAGAAGUGUCAGGCCUAACACGUUAAAUUUAAUCACGGUGGGGCAUAAUACUACUUGUACUACCAGUACUGUACAUAAUAACUAACUAAGCUGUUCAUUGUUAGUGAUAUUAAAUAUAUUUAAGUUUUGAAAGAACUUUGCAGUCUGUGUUAAGAUUUCACAAACAGAUUUGUAAUUAUGAUUUACUACUCAGAGUAGCUACUAUUGUAAGGAUUCCCUUAUUAGCUACUGGUAUAUUACAUAGAUCUGGCAGAACUGCUCAGAUUCUAUGUUGAGAUGGCCUACCGGUCCAAACAUUAGGUCCAAGGUAAUUUUGGAUGGACCAAAAAGGAUUUAAGCUUCUUUUAGACCUAUGAUGAAUUUAGUGUGCUGUGUGCAAACAAUUUAAAAUUUAUUUUUCAAAAGAUUUUUUUUAACAAACUUGAUUGUUUGUCUAAAUUCUAAAUCCUUUACAACCAUAAUAAAUCCUGUAUGGCCGUAAACAUUUUAAGAUGCCUAAAAAUCCUGCAAAGUACUAGUAAACUGUACAUGUAGGCAUGUAUGGACUAGUAGUUGUUGAAAAACACUAUUCCAGGUUACACAUAGGAUGCAGCGUACAACACCAGUGAUCAUUAUUUUGGCAGGCCUCCUAGGGUUUUUGAAAGAAGAAUUCUGUUUGGGUCAUAUUUGCCUCCUGUCUUGGGAAGUUAAAUAAACAAUAAAUUGAUUCUGAAAUAUUCAGUUUUAACAUCGCAUGCAUUUUCUAUCAUGCUUUCAGUGACAAGAUUGUGACGGGAUCUUUUGAUAAAACCUGCAGAAUCUGGAGCUCAGAGAGUGGUAAAUGUUAUCACGUCUAUAAGGGACACACUGCUGAAAUUGUGAGUCUCUGAAAAUGCUAUCACUAAUGAGUGUUUAGAGUUGCAGGCAUAUUAUUCAAAUCGACAAACUUAACACUUUCAAGUGUUUUUUUAUUACACAAAAGUAAAUGUUUCUCCGGAUAUUACUUUUAAGUAAAAUUUAAAAUUUGUUUCCCUAUUGGACAUGUUAUAAUACAUCGUUUUAGCCUGUGAUCAUGAGGGUCAGUCAGGUUACCAGUUUGUCUCCCUUCAAGCUUUGUGGUAAUAUUAAAGGUCAAUUAGCUAACCAAGUUGUCUACCUUGCAGGUGUGCGUCAGCUUCAACCCCCAGAGUACAGUCAUAGCCACAGGAAGCAUGGACUCCACUUGUCGACUCUGGGAUGUGGAGAAAGGAACAGAAUUAGCCACUUUGUCUGUGAGUACAUAAUGAAAUCUUCUUACUGCUUAUGCCUUUUUUUCCCAUCUGGGGCAUUGACCGUCCACAAGAAUUUUCCAUUCAUCACGGUCCUGUGCUUUCCUUUCCAGUUGUUUCCAGGAGUAUCCCAUAUUUUGUGUGUCUGCCUCCAGCUCGUAUCUCCAUGUAUUCUUUGGCCUUCCUCUCUUUGUUUCUUUUAAAAAGAAAUAGAGGAUAUAAUGAAAUAAUAAUUUUAUUUUAAAUCAGCUUGCGGGGAAAAAAAGGAGGGGGAAAAAUUCAUAAAAUUAUGUACUUACUGCUUUGUCUUUACACUUAUUAUUUAUUGUCUAUUCCUUACUUGCCUAAGUAUCUUAUAGGUUUACUUACCCUAAGUAUCUGUCAUGAUUACUUGUCAAGGUAUCUGUGUAUGUUUACUUGCCAAAGUAUCUGUGUAAGUUUACUUGCCAGAGUAUCUGUGUAUGAAUCUCUGAAUAAAUAUCUGAUUGUUAUUAAUUGCUUUGAUAUGAAAAUUUUUUUUUUUUAAUUUGGCUCCUGUAUAUAAUCGUUCAUAAGCCCUUUCAUCCACAAGCUGACAUCCUAAGUUAAGCCAGGAAGUGCCAGAAAAGUGUGUAUAAUCCUGCUCUUGAACUCUGAUCCCAUUAGAAGCAAUGCAGUAGGCUACUAAAGAAAACAAGUUAUUUUAAAGAAUAACAAACUUUUAAAAAUAAUUAUAUGUUUAAAGUAAAAAGACUUAAAAACAAAUAAACAUACCUUAUUAUACAGAUACCCGCUUCAUAUGUUUUCCUGUAUAUACAGUAACCAUAUUGAACAUCUCCAAAAAUAGAACCUUGUUGCUCUACGUUAACAAUUUCAUUAUUCAUUAUAGUUUCUUUAAUACUCUCUAAGCACAGGGAAAUCAUGGCGGUCGAAAAAUCCCAGAUCAUGAUUAAUAACUUCGCUCAAAUAAAAAGCUGUCAAAACUCAUUCCAAAAUGACCAUAAAGGAAGAGGCUGAAUGCAAAAGCCCUUGAUUCCAAUGAUGACUUUACUGCCAAGGACAUUAACAGAUAAAUUUCAACAGGAAUCAAAUCAAAAAGCUCUCCAAGCUCUAAGAAGCACUGAAACUUAUCAUAAGUAUGUGGAUCUAAAGUGAAGAGAAAGUCUCUGUGGCUGGCAACUACCAUAUCAUGCUAAAAUAGCAUGGUUACAGGUGCUAUAAAAGUAUUCAAGAGUACUCAAGAGACAAGAGUGAAUGACCUGCGGAACCAUGAGUAAUCUGAGUACCCUAAAAAGUUACUUCUAAAAGCAACAUAGAUUUUUCAAUUCAGCAUGUUUAAAAUAAGAAAAGUACAAGAAUAAAGCUAAUAAAUCUGUUAAUGUUUAAUUGAUUUAUUAAAAAAUGUUGUUGUUUUUUCUUGGUCAUCUCAUCUUUGAAAACCGAGAUUUUAAAGCGAACGAGAUCCUGGAAGUAUAUCCUAGGACCCACUCAUAUGCUGACCACCCCACUUUUUCGCUGAAUUAAAAAAAAUUAAUUUAAUAAAUCGGCUUAUGAAUGAGUAUAUAUGGUGUUACUGAGAACUGAGAUUAUAGCAAUUGAAGUCACUGGUCAAGUGGGCAUCUAUCUGGCGUUCCUAUUUUCAGAAUAAGUUUUAAAAAAAAGUUUUGACAUAACCGUAUUCACUUUUUCAUUCCAGGGUCAUACCGGAGAGAUUAUUUCCUUGUCAUUCAGCUCAACUGGCACUGAGCUGAUUACUGCUUCAUUUGACCACACUGUGUCCCUGUGGGAUGUACGGCAAAACAAGUAGGUUAUGACAUGUAUGAGUUUGUCAAUACUGUGUCUAUGUGUGACAUACAGUCUAACAAGCAAGUUAUGACACUUGACCUGUAAUUACUUUCACCAUACUGUGUCUAUGUGUGACGUACAGUCCAACAAGCAAGUUAUGACACUUGACCUGUAAUUACUUUGUCCAUACUGUGUCUAUGUGUGACGUACCGGGUACAGUCCAACAAGCAAGUUAUGACACUUGACCUGUAAUUACUUUCACCAUACUGUGUCUAUGUGUGACGUACCAUCCAACAAGCAAGUUAUGACACUUGACCUGUAAUUACUUUGUCCAUACCGUGUCUAUGUGUGACGUACCGGGUGCAGUCCAACAAGCAAGUUAUGACACUUGACCUGUAAUUACUUUGUCCAUACUGUGUCUAUGUGUGAUGUACAGUCCAACAAGCAAGUUAUGACUCUUGACCUGUAAUUACUUUGACCAUACUCUGUCUAUGUGUGAUAUACCGUCCAACAAGCAAGCUAUGACACUUGACCUGUAAUUCCUUUGACCAUACUGUUUCCUCAUUGUAUGUCGGGUCUGACUUCAUAACGUACAAACACUUUGGGCUGAUAAUGUUACUUUAUUUCAGGCGUAUUCACACCCUGAUCGGACACAAAGCUGAGAUAAGCAGUGCUCAGUUCAACUGGGAUUGUUCACUUAUCGCCACAGGAUCCAUGGACGGCACCUGUAAACUUUGGGACAGAGCUUCAGGUAUUGUUAGAUUAAAUCAGGGGGUCUCAAAGUCCCUGAAAGGUUCCAUGAGGAUAAUUCGACGGCCAGUGACCAUAAAAAAAAUUCUUUUAGAUUUUGACAAAAAUUUUCUCCUUCCUGGUGACCACGUGAAACUUUUGUUUCUGUCUAGAACUAGAUGAUUCUAUAAUGACUUCACAUUCAACGCUUGAUGAUAAUAAUAGUAAUAAUAAUAAUAGAUGGCAGUUAGGUUUUGUUGUUUCAUCUUUAUUCACCAUGAGGCAUUUAAGAAUUAAACAUGUGACACUUAAACAGCACGAAACAGGUCAGUCAAGGGUUUUCAGACCACUUAUAGUAGUGACUAUAAUAAGACUAUCUAAAACAAAUCACUUUGCGAGCUGAAAGUUUUCAAAUGGUUGUUGGAUGAAAGAUGUAUAGCAUCCAUGUUGUAUUUCUAGCAGUUCACAAAUAUUUUACACAAAUAACUUUUGUUUAUUACCUCUCAUUCUUUUUUGUAAUUUAGUAUUUGGAAUUAAGCGUUAUCUGAGCUCUAGAGAUUAAUGUGAGCUUCAGAGAUUUAUCUGAGCUUCAGAGAUUUAUCUAAGCUUUGGAGAUUUAUUUAAGCUCCAGAGAUUUAUCUGAGCUUAAGAGAUGUAUCUGAGCUCUAGAGAUUUAUCUGAGCUUAAGAGAUUUAACAAAGCUUCAGAGAUUUAUCUAAAGUUCAGAAUUAUUAAGUGUCAAAAUCUCCCCAGUUCCUUACAAAAAUAUAUGUGAGUUUAGUUUCAUUGUGUUUUAAAAAUUUUUUUGCUUUAAAAAGAAUUCAUGUUUACUAGCUGAUGUAAAUGAACCUGUGACCUUCCAGGGCGCUGCACUGCUACUUUAAAGGCCCACUCAGAUGAGAUUCUGGAUGUGGGUUUUGACUGCACUGGUCAGAGGGUUCUAACAGCCUCGGCUGAUAACACAGGUUGCUGCUACAGCGCCCUCACCAACCAGCAGAUAUCAAAGUUCUUUGGCCACGAAGGGGAAAUAUCAAAGGUAGGAAACAAAUGACAGAAAACGUUUGGGAAAUAUGUGAGGCAAAAUGAAAAUAGAAAGGAUGCUAGGAAAUAUGAGAGAAAUUCAUUGAAAAUGUCUGAUUUCCAUUUUGCAUGCUAACACCUCAAAAUGCCUCACACAAGCUCAGCUCAGCAAAAACAUUGCUGUUACCUUCUGAAUCUGACUUUGCAUACACACAAUCAACAUGAGUGUUUGUUUAACCUCCCCCUCAGAUCACGUUCAACCCCCAAGGCACACUUGUGAUGACAGCCAGUGCAGACAAGACUUCCAGACUCUGGGACCCUGAGACGGGUGAGUGCAAGCAGGUGCUGGAGGGCCACACCGACGAGAUCUUCAGCUGUGCUUUCAACUAUGAAGGCAACACGAUUAUCACUGGUAAGAAUCAUAGAUACUAUAUUUUGUGCCAGAACUUGAUGUGGUAUCAGGAUUCAGUAGACAUGAUACCACUCCUAAAGCAUUUUAAGGCACAUUACGUUUGCACACACAUUACACAGAAAAUGUAUUUUCCAGAAUUAUUGAUAACAAGAUUCCCAUCAGCAUCUAAAUAAUAACCCUUUAUAAUACAGAGAACUAGAAAUUACAAUGUUUUCUUAAUUCUUCAAUAUGAAUUUUGUUUUUGUUGCUUGCAGGCAGCAAGGAUAACACCUGCAGAGUGUGGCGAUAAGGUUCAAGUCUUGUGUUCUUAAAAUCACUAAUGUGUGCAAUGAUGAACCUGAUCUGUCUUCAGUAUUAUCUGGGGUAUAAGGGGAGGUAAUUAUUACAUGGCUAAUAGGAAGAGUAAUUCUUGGUUUCCACUAUAAUCCUAAGUGAUGUACUGUCUAUAUAAUUGUUGGUACCCGUAUUCAGCAUGAAAUUAAGUGGGGAAAUAGGGGGAGCAAUUCUGUGUCCUCUGUAUUUUCACAUGGCUAAUAGGGGAAUUAAUUAAGGUUCCGUCUCGUUUUGGCCCAUGAAAGUGAGAGCCAAGAUUUAUUUUCCAAACUAAAAAAAUUGUUAGGGAGCAGUAAUUUAUGUUUUAAACUUCAAAGUCAGAUCGAUGUGACAUUUUUGUUUCAAAAAUUAAUAAAUAAAUUUUAUUGGGUACAUUUAACAAAUUUAUCUUAUGGAUUUUAAAUACACACUGAGGAAAUUUUUUUGUUCAAAUCUUAUUGUCAGACUUAGUCAAACUUUCCAAACCCAUAGAAAAAAAGAUGUCACUGAAUGAUUCUCCUGAGGAGCAGACAGAAUAGUAAAUGAGUUGUGUGAAAAGCCAAGUGUUCAUAUGUGAAGAUAGUUCCCAGAGGGAGCAUUCUCUUAUGGAAGAUUAUUUGUAUUUGUAAUCCUACUGUCCAUGAGGAUCAUCCAUUGGUGGUGACUGGUAACACUACAAAAUUUUCCAAAGUACUAUUUAUCAAUUCAGGGGGUGUUCAGUUUGAGGUGUUGAGCUGAGUUUGGCAAGGACAGUUACGCUUUCUUAUUGCAUGCUGAUUGUGGGGAAUCUAAAAAAACAAAAAAAAUUGUCAUUAAGUUUAUUUUGGUCAGCCUGAGUUGCUUUGGUAUAUCACAGCUGCCAUGUUUUAUAUGUCAGUUUGAAAUUACACAUCCCAAGUUAGCAAAGAGGUGCUGUUAUAGAAAAUGUGUGCUUCAGCAUGUUAUCACUAUGAAUCUGUCCAUUUAUAGUUA